AUGAAGAACGGCAGCGACUCAGACGGUAAUGUUUCAUAUUCGUUAAUCCCCAAUCAUGAAAAAGAGCCUAAUUCGAAAUGCCACAUUUGCGGGGAUGUUGCUACUGGUCGCCAUUAUGGAGCUAUUGCUUGUAAUGGUUGCAAAGGAUUUUUCCGUCGGACAAUUCGAAAAAACUAUUCUUAUCGUUGUCGAUUUGGAAAUACUUGCAGCAUAGAUAAAAGCAACCGCGCUAUUUGCCGUUUCUGUCGGUACAUGAAAUGUGUCAAUUCGGGCAUGAAAGAAGAUCAAGUUCAAAAUGAGCGCGAUGUUAUUGGAAAAAGAGAGAAAACAGAAAAUGUUUCAAUGCGGAAAAAAUCAACUCCAUUGACAUCUCCUGAUUUGCCAUCGAACGACACUGCUUUAUCGGAACAUGAAGCUAUCCUCGAAAAUCUGUUGCGAUCGGAAACGACCAUUCAAAGCUUGCGGGAUACGGUGAUCAAAGAAAUCGGAAAUGUGGAAUACACUACAAAAGGAACUGAUUUUUCACAAUUGUUUGGUGUUUGUACUGCGACCUUGAAUGAUGUUUUGAAAUCGAUGCACAGUCAACUAUUGCUAGUCAUCGAAUGGGCAAAAACACUUCCUGAGUUCACUCAACUUAGGAGUGAAGACCAAACUCUUCUGCUUAAAAACUUUGCUGGCCAACAUGUCACAUUAUGUGUUGCGUACCGCUCCAAAGAUAAUCCAGACGUUUUGAAGCUUUUGAAUGAUAGAUUAAUCCCACGUGCAUCGAAUUCACCAACAAUAAUUAAUGACAAAUUGGACGGGUUUUAUCUUCGAGAUUGUGAGAAGGUAAUGGAUCAACUUGUUGCUCCAAUGCGUUUUCUGAACAUGGAUGAUACUGAAUUUGUCGCAAUGAAAGCUUGUAUCCUUUUCAAUCCAGUUGUUAGAGGAUUAUCUCCGGAGGCUGCUAAAAUUGUUCUUGCAACUCGUCGAAAAAUUUUUGCCGCUCUUCAGAACUACGUGCAAGUUAAAAAGCCAAAUGAACCGACAAGAGUUGGAGACCUCACAUUCUUCAUAUUGACACCAAUUGCAACUCUUGCUCAGCAGAUUUCUGAAGAUGUUAUGUUCACAAAAGUGAGCGGCGCUGCUCGAAUUGAUGUCUUGAUGCAGGAAUUAAUACUAUCAGAUAUCGAAGAAACAACAAAUCCACCACCACCCAACGCUCCUCUUGACGCAGAUGUUCCCACUACAAGUCAAACAACGUUGCCGCAAAUUCAACCAACACAAUAUCCAAACUUCACAAUGACAAUGGCACCGAAUAAUCCAUUCAUGACGUGUAAUGGGAUAACUAUACCACUGAAAAGUGAUAAAUCGUUUUUGAAUGACCCAACAUUUGGAUUGAUGCUACCCGUUUCACCAUUAUUCCCACAACAAAAUCUAUUGCCAAACGAACCAGUCAUGACGAAUGUACCCACUGAGCAAUGGAAUGCCUCGAACAAUACCGCGAACCUAGCAAAUCUACAAUGA